AUGGACUCCAUUUUAAGAACUGUAAUAAUCGCUCAAAGAAAUAUAGAGUUAGAAGAACCAUAUCUCAUUAUUAACGAAAACAUUUCUCCUAAGCUAAAUGAAUUUCUCCGUUCUAUGGAAAAUAUAAAAUUUGAAGAUGGCGUCUAUCAUACUUAUUACGGAGGAUUAAAAGUGAUAGUAAAUAACUUUUUGGUUUACUGGUCAGCCGUAAUAAAUGAAUGUUUUAAGGAUGUAGAUGCCUUGAGUAAUCGUAUUACCAAGGAUGAAUUACUGGAGUUGAUUGACAGGUCCAUUUCAAUCCACGAAAACAAGCAUGAAGAAUUUGUAAAAUGUUUCUUUCCGGUAGAAAACCCAGAGGACUUAGACUUAUUUGAAGACCUUGAAAAUAAAUACGAAAUUUUUCAACAAGGUAUGGCAACAUGCAGACAGGAAGUUGUACAUUAUGAAAGGCAAGAGCAACUAGACCAGUUUGUUAUCAAAAAUAGCGAAUUAGGAGCGAGAAAAAAGAAUGAAGUGUUUGAAUGUGCCCAUACUAUUAUGGCGUUAUGCAUGGCGGAGAAUUUGGCCAAAAUUCGAGCAAGUUUAAUAGAAAUAAGAAAUCGAAUUCAGCAAAACCUAUGUAAGUUAUGUGAUAAUCACGAUAAUGCACUGUCUGGGAUGCUCGAUGAAUUAUAUGAUAAAAACAAAGAAAAAAUACUAAUAACACGUCAAGAACACAAGCUCUCUGUGGAGGAAGCAGAGAUUAAUAACACAAUAAAAAAUCUACGCGUAAAAAUUGAAGAGCACCAGAUUGUUAACAAAUCACUUCAUCACAUUGAAGAUGAAUUAAAGUACUGGGAAAAAAGGUUAUCGGAAUUCGAAAAGAUUGAACACACUAUAUUGAAACUGAGGGCAGAACUACGGAACACGGAGGAAUACGAAAAAACUUUUAAAGAGAUGAGUGAUCCGAAACAACGUGGAACAAGGCGGGAUUGUUGGGCAAUUAUGGCGGAAAACAUAAAAAAUAGAAAGGAGAUUAUUAAUGAAAAAUUAGUAGAAGCUUCCAAAGCAUUGAUCACCUUUUUUGCCGUUCGUGGACAAAAUAGAAUAUUAUACAAGGAUGACAUCGGCUCGUACAUAAUAGAUGACUUUGGACAUCAAGUUUAUUUGUUUGACCACGGAAGCGAUCUCCGUCAUGUCACCUGUGAUGGGACUUUUAGACAAGUUAAGGAAACCGACAAAUAUUAUUUUGACGUUUACGGUCGAUACGUGUUUAACGAACAUGGCAAAAAGGUUUACCAAUGUGGACCCUGCACAAGUACAUAUGAUUUAGGGUUUGACGAUCUCUUUGUAAAGACUACUUUGGAUUGCGGGCACUCCGAAGCAAAGAACCCACAUUGUAGGAUGCAGUUCAGAGAUCCAAUGGAUAUAGAAGUUUUGCCUUCAGUUGAACCAGUUGAUAUAAGAAAAAGCCUGCCUUCUGAAGUUGUAAAGUACCUGUGGGAUAAUCUUUCACACAUUUUGCCUGACGCUCUUUAUGAGACCGGAGAGAAGCAACCCAAAAAUCCUAUUCAUUUACUUUCUCAUUCAAUUCUCAGGAAUAAAUACACCAGAACCAAUGAGCAACUAGGUCAGAAGCGGGCCGAAGCAAUGAAAUAUUAUAAUGAUAUAUACACAAAUCGCAAAGAGAAAGCGGUUAUUUACUAUAAGGCUUGGAAAGAAAAGCAGGUGAAACCUAGGAAGCCAGAAGAAUUCGAUGACGCCGAGAGCAGAGCUGUCUACGACGCUUAUGUAGCUCACCAGCAUUUCACCAAUUGGAGUAGUGAACGCGAUGAACGUGAAGUAAACAGGGCGCGCAAUGAACUUGAAGUAAGCAAUGAGGGUGAUGAACAAAGUGUGGUGCGUGGGGAAUUGAAAGUAACCAGUGAGGGCGAUGAAUUUGAAGUAAGCAGGGAACGCAAUGAACUUGAAGUAAGCAGGGAGCUCGAUGACCUUGAAAUUUACAAGAAGCGCAAUGAACUUGAAGUAAGCAGUGAGCACGAUGAACCUGAAGUAAGCAGUGAAGGCGAUAAACAUGAAGUACCCAAGUAUUAGACUUUUUUCAUACGUUACAGAUGCCAUUGUGAACCUAAGUGCAAGCAGCACAAUUCUGACAAACAUAAAUUUGUAAAAUGUAUUAAAUUAAAUAAAGAAAAAAGCACCGAAAUUCCCCUCGACCUUCCCUCUUGGCAGGGAAAUUUCUAGUAGGUAGGACGUUAUUAGAUUAGUUGUUGAAUAUGAAAAACGAACAGCCAUUCCUGCGCUAAUUCUUUCCAGAAAGAUAGAUAACCUAACCUCCGGUUAAAAACACCGGCCUCAAAAGUCUUUCAUCCCCUGGCAUACUGCCACCCUUAGAGGUGGAAUAUUUUCUUGAAAUUUAAAUGGGACCACAUCUGAGGUACGUUCUUUUCAACAAAAAAAGAAUCAUGAAAAUUGGUUCACAAAUGGCGGAGU